UCUGGGUCGUGUGCUAGUAAGUCACAAAGUGUAAUUUGUCAGAAAGAAGCUCUGUGUUUUUGUGUCGAAGUUACGCUGGAAGACCGGAGCACAGGCUCUGUUUUGCAGGUAUGUCAAGCAUAAAGUUGAUUUCUGCAGCUGACACACAGUAUGCAGGGUCACUACUGAAGACCUUCAGUGAUCAGCGGAACAAUGGACUAUUCUGUGAUGUCACUAUAAUUGUACAGAGCCGGACAUUUAAAGCCCACAGGAACAUUUUGUCAGCAUCCAGUACUUAUUUCCACCAACUUUUCUCAGUGGCUGGACAGAUCAUAGAACUGAAUUUUAUCAAGGCAGAAAUCUUUGAGGUGAUCCUGAACUAUAUCUAUAGCGCCAAGAUCAUUCGGGUUCGCUCUGACAUGCUGGAGGACCUCAUCAAGUCUGGCAAGAUCUUAGGUGUUAAGUUCAUUGCCAAUCUUGGCCAACCACUUUCCCAGGUGAAGGGCUUAUCUAACUUGUCCAAAGAUCAAGCUGAAGGGAAUGUAAAAAGUUCACAGCACAGUACUGUGCAUGUUCCAGAAAAGAGUGACCGUAUCUCUCAAGAAUUGGAGUCUGGAGCCAUGCCCAUCAUCACUGAGGCAUUUUCUCUAUCUGCAGAGGAGUUCAAAGGUGACAGCUGUAAGGAUGGGGGCUCAGACAACGAUGACGUUCUCUUUGUUUCAAAGCAGGGACCCAAGAAAACGAGGAAGUCUAGCAGCACCAAACAGAGCUGUAAGCCCUCUGCAGUCAUCGAUGUAGAUGAAUCAUCUGCAGAAGCCGUGGGUUCUGAGGAAGAGGAAGCAGACAUUCCUGAAACAAGCUGUACUGCAGUAAAAGAGGAAAGCAGCAAGGAGAAAAAAGACCAGAAGCCCAUGACUGAAAAAGUUGAGGAAGGAAAAAUUUCCAAGCUCAACAGCUCUUCUCAAGCCCAGCCUGACUCUACCUCCUUGUCCUCCCAUAUGGAGCAGGAGCGCCCUGACACCAGCACCAGUAUGCCCCAUUCACCUGCGGGCUCCUCCUCCGGGGACAGCCUCUGCAGCCAGCCUCUUCCACCACAGAUAGAUGGCUCUCCCAAGGAGCCUUGUAACCUCUCUUUAUCAAAAGAUAAUCAUGAAGUGAUAGGGGUCCAGAAGAAACAAAUGACCACCAUCUUAGAAGCAUCAACAGAAAGACCUGGGGAAUUCAAAAUCAAGCUUUCUGAUAUAGGGCCUGUAAACAGUCCAGAAACCAUUAUGUCUGAGAAAGAUUCAGAAAUGGAUUUGGUCUCAUCUGGUAGCCAGGACAGUGAGAACUUUGAGGAGGAUACCUACGACAUUGUUCCUAUGAUAGUCAAACCAAGAGCAGGGGACUCUAAAGCCAAGAAGGGGAGGAAAUUGCUGUCCUCUCCUAAUAGCCCAGGCACACCUCCCCCUGGGGAGCAGGGAAAAAAGAGGGCUAAAGUGGGGAUGGAUGACCACUAUGAGCUGAUCAUGGAUGGGAAAACCUUUUACGUGUGCAUUGUGUGCAAGCGUCCCUAUGUGUGUCUGACUAGUCUGAGGCGUCAUUUCAAUGUGCACUCCUGGGAGAAGAAGUACCCCUGCCAUUACUGUGACAAGGUCUUUCCUUUAGCAGAGUACAGAACAAAGCAUGAAAUCCAGCACACAGGUGAGCGGAGGUACCAGUGUUUAUUGUGCAGUGAUGUCUUCAUGAAUUACCAGUUGCUGUCCUCUCACUGCAAACAGGCCCACAACCAGGACCCCUCAGGCAGAAAAGAGAAGGAAUACACAGACAACAACCUAUAUCGCCUGCUACCCUGUAAGACCCUGGAGAUCAAAUCAUAUUCUUACAUGCCUGAUGGCAAAAUUCCCAUGAUUAAUGAGGAAGGGAUUGUCUACCAUGUGGACCCUAGAGAGGGACUAACUGCUGGCUCAGACUCUUCUUCCACAAUUCACGGUAGAAUGAUGAACUGGGACGAUAUCUUUGUGGAAUCCGGGUCCCAGGUCUGCUCAGAGACUAGUGUGAACCCUGGCGAAGACACACCAGAGUUUGAAUUUGUCAUACCAGAGACUUACUGAGUCAAAGCCUGAGUAUUCUGGGAAUUGUGCCUUUUAAGCCAGGGUUUUGUUUAUUUCUUUAUUGGGUGGGGAGGGGGUCGAGGGCAGAUGUCUGUACUUAUAUCUGUUUAGAUGUUUGUUUUGUUUUGAUGUCUGUUUGUUUUUAAUUAACUGUAUAUUUUGGAAGCUCCCUCAUACUCAAGCACUAUUGUGGUAGCACUUGUUGCUAAGCUUUUCUAGGCUUUCAUUAAUUAUUUUUGUUUUUAUGUCAUAUGCUGCUUGACAUUUUGUACUGAAACCAUCACUGCCAUGGUGAUACUGAUUUCUUUGCCAUAAAUUGUUUAUACACGUUUAAUAUUACUCCUGGAUUUUAGUGUGAAUAAUUAACAUUCAAUUUUUAGUUUAUGGGUUAACUUGAACUAGUUCCAUUUUUUUAUUUUGUUACCCAUUUGUUUUAGCUCUGUUUUCAUGAACAUGUUUUAUAAUCUGUGAUUUAUAAUGAAGAAUUGGCUUAAAAAUGGCGUUAUCAGGGAAUCAUACAAAAUGCACCAUUCCGUUGCAGAAGUAGAAACAGAAAAUGGAACUGAUCUCUGGUGAAGCCAGAUAAUUGUAAUAAAGCAAAACAAAUACGCCUCUGAAGAAUUUGGCUUCAUUUUACUUGUAAUAGGCCUAUAAGCUGAAUUAUUUGCAUCUCAUACAUUCAGUAAAAUAAGUCUGUAAAACCGAUGUUUUUCAAAAUAUAAUUUAUGCCUUUUUUGUUUGAGUUUUCAAUUGGCUGGCUGUUCCUAAUGUCAUGUGUUGCUUUUAAGUAUUAAAUCUGAGAAUGUAGAAUGGAAAGAAGCCACUGUAUGAAAAAUCUGGAGCAGCAGUACAUGUUGCUAACAUCAUAUCACACAUAAAUGCCCACUUCCAAGGAGAAUGUUGCAUUCAGGACAGAUGUUCUCCAGGUCUCAUGACACAUCAUUUCAAAUUAAUAAUAUACUGACUAAUAAAAAUGUGUGAAAACACCAUUUUUGCAAACACUUGCAUUCAAAUUUUUGUGAGCAGAAAAUAUCACUCAUAUUCUUAAGUUACCAUUGACAGUUACAAGUUAGCCAAUGACCCAAUAGGUUAUAAGAAGGCAAAAAUGAUGGCUACUAGUACCAAAAAAAUUACUUACUGCAUUUGACAGUAUCAUACAUUUUAUUGUAAGGUGUACACAUCCAUUUAACAUUACAUGCAAGAUUGGCAACCUAGUUUGCUAGAAAGGAACUUGUUUUAGCCAUACUAUUCUUCAGUUUUUCCUGUAACACUUCUGAAUAAUUACAAUGGAUAUUGUUAUGUUUUAUAUGUAUGCGAUAUCAUGCUGUGUUUUUCAUUUGUUCUGUUCAUUUUAAUGAAAAUGCAAUGGGGUGAUAAAAGAUCUGAAAAGCAAGAAGUAGCUGCAUAUUUUCAGUGUCGACGUGUAUGGGUUAUAAUGGCAAAAGUCAAAGAGUAUCUCGACUUUAUAAUAUGCAAUUUUUAAGAAUAUACUGUAGAAGACUGUUAGUACCAUUUCCACCAAGCUGUGUGUGUAUAUGUUUCAACGAUUUGUCCAUUUCAGAUUUGCUGUUGACCCUUCAAACAGACCCUUCAUACUUUUUGGUACAGACUGCACAUGGCAUAUAUAGUAUUUGUCAAUAAAAGAGCAAGGCAACUUA